AUGAAUCUUAUGAGCAUACUUCAAGAUGAGGUAGUGGAACAAGUUCCUGAACAACUCCACAAUGGAGUGUACUACCUUCCAACUCUUUUAACAAAUAUGCAAAAAGAUUUACUUGAAUUGUUGGUGGAGGUAUUUAGAGCUGAAUUACUAGACUUGGCCAAUGCCAGGAAACAAAAAACCAGUAUUGAUAGCCUUUUAGCAUUGACUCAACCUAGCUCUCCUGGUGACUCUACAGUGGGAAAUGGAACAAGUGAUGGGACUGAAACGGCGCUGAAACCAUCGUUUUCGUCUGCCGAUAAAAUUAAUCUUUUAUUUGAACAAUUGAGACUUAUUGAUAAACAUCCAACUCUUUUAGUAGAUCAUUUCAUCCCAAAGAAACUUCUACUUCUGGAUAUCAAUUCAAGGAUGUUAAACGUACUGGGUAAAUUUCAACUUUUCAAUAGAGUGGUUGAUUCAUUUAUUGAUAGAUAUCCAUUAGAUAAACGUUCUCCUAGAAGUUCUAGAGGGUAUCAUAUGCUUGUGGUGGCACUGAGUGUAAAAGAAUUAGAACUUAUUGAGGGACUUAUUAUUGGGAAAAAAUUAUAUUACAAGAACUUGAGUAGUGCUAAAUUAUAUGAAGAUAACAGAUCUAUACCAAAGGAAAAAUCAUCAUUAACAGCAUCAAAUAUAAAUGAUAUUUCCAACCAAACGGGGAAUAAAAGAAGGAAAACAAGUCAUAUUACCACUAAUUUCCACAAAGGGAAUUCAAAUGGCUCUUCUCCUGAAACUCUUUGUUUAUAUUUGAUCACUACUCAACAACUUUAUAAUUAUACGUUGGAAUCAUAUAUUGAUCUUUUCUUUUCAUUUGAUUUGAAUUUAAAACUUGAUAGUCCUUCCAUUGAAUUAAUUAGAACUCUGUCUACUGAGCAAAGUUUGAUGGGUAAUGGACCAACAAUCAAAACACCAGUGAUUAUUCCGGUACCAGCCUUUUCAAUUGAACAUCGUAUAAUGAGUUCACCAAUGCCAUCAGUUUCAUUUAAUUUUAAUCAAUAUUCUGAAUUUGAAAAUCCAAUAUUCAAGUGGAAAUUGCAGGCAAUUAACACUUUUAUUGUGAAUAGACUGCAGCUAUUUGAUAGUUAUGAUGAAUCCCAAUUUUAUAUUGAUCUUUAUGGGAAUAAUAUGAGCAAAUUAUAUGAUUGGUUUCAUGAAUGGAAUAAAACAAAAUAUCCCCUUAUUGAUAAUUAUGAUGAAUUAUUGAAGCAAUCUACCAAUAGAAGUACUACUGCAAGAUUUAAUGAUCAAACAUUGUUCAAAGAAUUAAAAUCAAACUAUCUUUUCAAUUUAAAUAAUCAAGAAAAUCCAUCAAAAUCAAUAUCAAGGGAAGGAAAUAUAAUUGCAUUUAAUUCGACAAUUGAUUAUAAAUCUUAUAAGGCUAAUUUUUCAAAUAUUAUACAAGAAAGAAUUGCAACAAUUGAAAAUUCAAUUGAAGAAAAUUAUAAGAAUGAAAUUUCCAAUGAAAGAUUAAGAGAGACAAUAGUUCAAGAAAGAAUUGAUCAAGAUAAUCUUAAGAUUGGAGAGAAAUACAAUGAAUUGAAGAAAAUGAAUGAUUUGGCAACUAUAAGUGAACGUAAAUUGGUCAGAGUUGAUCUGGAUUAUUUGAAAUUGCAAAAGCAACAAGAUACACUUGUUGGUAGAGUUGAACAUUUAGAAAAAUUAUUUUUAUCUCAAGAACAAGAUAAGAAAACCGUAAAAACAUUGAAUAAAUCUGAAGAACAUGAAUUGGAUUUGUUAAUAAAUGAUCAAGUAUCUACCAUUGAUGAUUUACGAUCUAAAUUAGCUGGAGUUCUGGAAGAACUUGAAAAAUUAAUUGAAGAAGAAGAUGGAGUUCGAGCUAAUUAUCAACAAAGCUCAGGUGAAGCAGUUCAAUAUUCAGCUAAAUUAGAUCGAUUGAAGACAAUUGGAGCAAAGUUAAACUCUGAAUUACAUGGACCAGGAAGUAAGGUACUUCCAGCUCUUCGUAGAAAGGAUGAAUUAAUUAAUAUUGAAUUUGAACUCAACAAGAUAAAGGGAGAAAAUUCAUUUAUGGAUUGCUUAUUGUCACAAAAGUUACAAAAGGUAGUUAAGGAAAGGCAAGGUAUUAUGGAGAGUACAGGGUCUGGAUCAAGUAGUAGAGGUGCAAGAUUAAGUAGAGCUUCAACUCCUUUUGAGAUAUAGAG